CCCGAUCAAUUUUACUUGACUGAUCUUCCACCUUUAAUACCACUUAUUCAAACUCAGUCAUCGAAAAUGGGUUUCAACAAGUGGCUUGAUAAAAGGUUGCUCUCUAUAUCUCAAUCAAAGUGGAUUUCAUCGUGCAUGGUUCAAUAUUAUUAUGCAUCUUGCGGAAUUAUUUGCGGCCUCCUCGUUCUACUUGGCCUCGUUGCUGCCCGCUUUGUCCCUCCAAUCAAGCCCUGGUGGACAGCUGAGCAAACAGCACUUCACUACCAGACUCAUAUUAAAGGUGUCCACGGCGGUGCUGCUCUAAUGAUAGUUUCAGGGAUGUUCUAUCUCCCAUUCUCAGCCGCUAUAUCCUACCAGAUGCGUCGUGUCCCUAAAUUACCCUACUACGUCCAUCAAGUACAGUUAGCUGCAGCUGCAGCUGGCGUCUGGACUCUCAUGCUUCCAGGUGUAAUCCUUGGCUUAAUUGGUUUUAGACCUUAUCGACCGGUCGAAAUCACGCAAACCCUAAGUGACCUAUUUUGGCUAUGUUCGAUUAUGACAUGGCCAACAUUCAUGAUACAGAAUUUUGCUUUUGCGCAUGCAAUCCUUGCUGAUAAUCGGGAGCAACCUCUAUUUCCAAAGGAGCUUGGAAUUGUCAAUAUCAUUAUACCCAUCCUUUACACUCCCGCGAUCAGUAUACACACGACUUUGUAUGGCCCUUUGGCAUUCAAUGGGGGGAUAGGAUAUUGGACUAUUUUUGUCAUUUUCUUUACACAACUGUGUAUUGACUCGGUCUACCUCGUAUUGGCGAUUCGACAGGAGUCUAAGGAAGAAUUUGCGAUGGAGAGCUAGUGAGAAUGAGAAAUCUUCAUGCCUUACCAGGAUAAUUCCAGGGGAAGGGCUUGAUCACCUAUCAUUGUGUCAUUGCCUUGCAUGACGACGGGAAUGUAGAGGCAAGGUGAACUGGGUGCGCGAUAUUAGAUAUGAGGGAUAAUGAACAAUCUAGUCAACCAGUUAUCCAUUGCCUUUGAAUUUUCAGUAAAUUCCGCUUUCUCAUUGAAGUUAAUGCUAGGCCUAAGCCGCCC